GUUUCUGAUUCUCCACUCCAGUGUAAUACAUUAAUAAAUACUUGUACACCAUCAGGAUUGUGAAAUAUAAUUAGAAGCCUUCGUGUUAGUGGCACAUUCAAUCUGCUGAAACGAAUGUUACAUAAAUAUACAAAGCUGUUCGUAAACUGGUGUCUCUUGAUAAGAACCUCUCGAGAGAAGUUACUUAAAGGUCAAAGACGGCUCAAGGUUAAUGAAGGAAACACGUGUCCAUGACGUUUAUGCAGCCAUCGGCUAUAAACUUGCGAUUGGGAUCAAUCUAUCUGCGUAGUCCUCUGUAGUCUGAAACUUACAGUGUUGAUCAGUUAACAUAACAAGAAAUCGAACACUUGACUCAUGAAAACUGCCCGUAGGUUGUAGAGAACGUUCCUAUGAAUUAGUUGCGAGGUAUAUUAUUGAGAAUAUUUUUUGUGUAGUCCUCCAUUACCGUAAACUGUAGGUCCUGUAAACAGCCUAGACACUUCGACUCGUAGUGGAGUGAAGACUGUGACAACGUACAUGAGAUUAUGAAAACUUCAGUGAAGGUUUUAUUUAAAGUCAAGGUUAAAUUUCAGUAUCAACAGGGUCUCAUAUUACAGAUGACACGCUGCGAGAGGGAACAAUACGUGUUUAUAAAUUUUGUAACAUUUAUAGAAUAUAACAAUAGGAGAGAAUGUAUUGAACGGAACCAUGAAAAUUAUGUACAUUUAAAAAUGACUCAAUUUCACUGGUGGACCGACUAUUUCCCUAUUGUGAAACACAGUUCUACAGAAACUGUAACUAAGAAGCAGGUUAGUAAUAGCACGAUUUAGUUAAUAAAGUAUGAGGUAACGUGAAGGAUUUGGCAGGCUGUGGAACGAAAGAACAAUGACAGCGUGUUUUGUGUGGCAGAAGUUGAAUAGCCUGUGACGAUUAACUGACUGUCAGUUGUCAGGCUUGAUCGGGUAAGUACUAGGUUACUUCAUCACGCAGAGCUUAGUUGCAAAGUCAUUGACGUGAAUUCGUUCUCAGGUGAUUGAAUUAGACGGUGUGCUAGGUUCUUCCUCAUCGGAGGCAUUAAUUUGUAGUUGUGUGGAUUUAAUCAGUCCAGAAUGGCAAACGCUGAAAUUGAUGCGAAGAAAAUCAAGCACCUUUAUCGUUCGCUUGAUUCGACUCUAUCUGUUCUGCGAAAGGAGGAGUUUGCUACUCUCCAAGAAGUGAAAGAUUUGUUGUCAACGUUCGAUACCUGUUAUCAGAGAAGCAAAAAGACAGAUUCGUAUCAAAACAAGACAUUUAUCGUACUCGAAGGUCUGGAUGGAUCAGGUAAAACAACGAUAGCGAAGAAACUUGCGACAGCCCUUAACGGAGUAAGGUGUAAAACACCACCAACAGUAUUGCAGACACUGAGGGCCAAAUUUGAUACACAUCCACCCAUUCUCCGAAGAGCGUAUUAUUCCCUUGGAAACUAUGUAGCAGCAAAAGAGAUUGAAGAGACACUAAAAUACAGUUCAGUGAUUCUAGACAGGUUCUAUCAUAGUACAGCAGUUUUUACAAUUGCAACAGACAUGUACGAAGCUGGAUUAGGUAAGGAUGGGCUACCUCCACAUGGAGAUCCAGUAUAUCAGUGGCCACAAGAUCUCAAACCCAUCCCUGAUGUGAUUUUCUAUUUGGAUGUGAAGGAACAUGUACGAUCACAAAGACUUUCUAAGAGGAUACAAAUUACAGCUGAGGAAGAGCAAAUGGCAUCAAGUACAGAGUUCAGAGCUUUGUUGAAGGAGACAUAUUUAAGAAUGGCAGAACCUGCUGUGACCGUUAUUAAUUCUAAUCAACCUGUAAAACUGGUUGUAAGUGACAUUCUAGAUUUCAUGAGGGCCAAAAUGAUGAUAUAGCACAUAUUUCUGAUGACAUUUAUUUGAAUAUCCAGUAUAAAACAGAGGUAAAAUUCGGUCAUGAAAGGAGCAGAAUAAGAUAUCCAACAGUACUCUAGUUUUUUAAAUAUGGCUGAGUUUCACAAGUUAAUACAGCGUGACAAAGGUAGUUAAAAAGGGAAGAAAAAUUUAGAAAUAUUGGAUGAAGAGGGAUACUUAGUGUGCUCAUGAGAAUAAAUUACUUUCAGACUUCUGAAGUGUAAACCCAGUACACAGAAAAACAUAAUAAUUUGUGUGUAGUAUUCAUUGAAUUGUUACUUUUACCCUUAAAUUAUUUAUUAAUUCUGAAUUGUAAUUAACUUGAUACCUGUUAUCCAGUUGUUAAAAAAAGAACAAUUGUGGAAAACAUUCGAACAUAACACACUCAGAAGCACAUUAUUUUCUUCCUUUCUCUGCUCAAUUGUGUCAUUCAACAUGUAGUAUUUGCUUUCAGGUGGGUCAGAUAUUCAUUUCAGCUAUAAAAAUGUUUUAUGAAAGAUGAUACAUGUCCACUGAUUACACAUAGAAAGUGUGUAAUGCUGUAAAUAAGACAUUUAUAAUUUUUAACUCGCAAUAAAUGUAUUAAAAGCUG